AGGAAACCAUCGCUGCUGCUGCUGCUGCUGCUGCCUCCUGCAAAGAGAAAGAAUCAUUUCUACUCAUCUGCUGUGUAGAGACACGACAACAUGUCUUUCUGUCGGUUCUUUGGUGCUGAGAUCUACAAGGAUCAUUUCAAACCAGGAAUGUACGUGUGCUCCAAGUGUAACCAUCCCCUGUUCUCCAGUCGCUCCAAGUUCCCCCACUCGUCUCCCUGGCCGGCUUUCAACGACACCAUCAGGGAGGACAGUGUCACCAAGAUGAUGGAGUCGCUCACAGCCUUCAAGGUCCUGUGCGGCAAGUGUGGUAACGGGCUGGGCCAUGAGUUUGUGAACGACGGUCCAGAGGAGGGAGUGUCGCGCUUUUGAAUAUUCAGCCACUCGCUCAAGUUUGUCCCCGGCAAAGGUAAGAAUAAAUAA